AUGCCGCGGAGUUGCUAUACGCUUUUCUGUGUGCAGAGCAGUUGUUGCGUUCGGCGUUGCACAUUCAUUGGCAGUGUCAUUUGCAGGUAUUCCACGGUGCCCGUAACAAAACUGCAGAUGCAUCGACUGGCCAGCACACCUCAGUGUCGAGAGGCACUGCCAGAUCUGGUCUUUCGUACUGUCGGUUUGACUGGGUGGGCCUUUGUUGCGGGCAGCCAGAAGGGACUGACUAUAUGUAACCACGCAUGGUGUUUUGUUAUCGUGCUGGGUGCAGAGAACGAUCAGUUUGUUGAGGGCCAGAAGCAGCAGCGUACAAGAUUCCGUCCUGUAGUUGUGCGGGCGUAUGCCGCGGUGAAUGCUGACAUUCUCUAUAACCCCAGGGCGGUGUAG